CAUACCAUUCACUCUCGCCCCAAUCCCCAGCGACGAGAGAUCAUUUCAAAUUCGAGUUCAAUCUGCAAACAAUUGACAAACGCGCAAAAUGUUGAAACUUGUUUUGUGCCUUUCGUUCCUCGGUCUGGUUGCAAGCUACGAUUUCCAGGAUUCUUUCUACAAUGAGGCUCUCCUGGAAGAUCUGCUGGACGGGGACACCCUGACACCGAUGGACCGCUUCAAACGAUCCGCGGCGGACGCCACCGAAGAGAAGAACCGCUGCGAGGGUAGACGCCACCACAAGCACAAGUGCUGCAAUGAUGACAACACUGAGAAUCUGGAAAAGAUGCGCGACCUGAAGAAGCAGUGCUUCGCCGAGAUCAGAGCUGCUAGAGAAAAUGCCGCCCGUGGUGCAUCGGAAUCGGUGGAUAUGUUCUCCUGCGAAAGAGUGAACCGCACCAAGGGAGAUCUGGUUUGUGCCAUGGAAUGCGUUGGCCGCAAGAAAAACGUCGUCGAUGCUGAGGGCAACCUGCUCGAGCCGUCCAUCCUGGUGCCAUUUGUCAAGGAGAACUAUGCUGCCGACGCCUGGCAGGAACCAUUGGUCGCCGGUUUUGUUGAUACCUGCUUGAAGGAGGUGGCCGAAAAGAGUGCCAAGCCAUCUGGAAAGGAAUACCGUUGCAACCCAUCCGCCUCGCACUUCCAGUACUGCAUGUGGCGUCAAUCAACCCUGGCCUGCCCCAAGGAGAAGCAGGAUACAUCGCGCAAGUGCAUCCGUGCUCGUGAGAGAUUCGCCACCAACGUCAACAACGAGAAGGAACUCGAAUUCCACAACCAGGAUUUGGAUGACAACGACGCUAACUAAUUGAAAAGCUGGGACAGAAUGUGGUGGAAGUGAUUUAAAUGAAUGUGUGUAUUUGUUCCGUGGAAUAAAGCGAUUUCAUUUCAUCUCAACGAAA